AUUAAGCGUAAAAUAGGGGCAAAUCUGUAAAAUACAUAUAGUGGCUUAGUAACGGAGUAAAAAUGGAUAAAUCCAUUUAAAGUUUCAAGUUCCGCCUUAAAAACCCUGAAAACUGACUCCUAAUUCCUCACAAUCCCCCAAAAAAAUUCUUCUCUCCAAGUAUCCAUCAAACAAUCGGAGUAAAAAUGGACAAAGUGCAGAAAGCGUACCGCAGCUCAGCGCCACAGACGCCGGCAACGACUGCAAAUACCAGCUUGUUAGCUUCUUCCGUUGAGAAAACCAGCUCAGCUUCUCCUUCUUCACCCAGAAUCGCGCUGUCGUUUUCGAUCGUACCGGACGAGCCUCGCUGGGUGAUGUCCCGACCUCCAGGACAUUUCGUACCACUAUGGACCUUCUCAAAGCUUGACAUCGCUUGUUUUGCUGCUGGCAUUGCCCUGACGGAAUGUUUGCUUCGCUGGGCACCAAAAGUUGUCAAGGGGUCGAAGGAUGACUAAAUUGUUACAUGUGUGGAUGCUGUGGUUAUUUUUUGUUCAGGUACUGACAUCGAGAAAUUUUAUAUGAAGUUUGAACAUUAAAUAUUUCGGGUAUGUACCUGGUGGUUGUAUAUGCUCUCAUAUUUGAGUUGUAGCUGAGUAACAAGUCUUGAUGAAUAUGGUACCUUAUGUUUUUACUAAUCGAAGUGUAGUAAUGUCAAUGACCCCAACUUGAUAUGUUUCGAUCAUUUUGUUGUCCACUGCCUUUUCUUCCAUUCAAUGAGAGAAACAAAUUGCUGUUGCAUAUACACAGAUACAAUUUCUUGUGUGUAUCUGUUUCAUUUGUUCCUUUUAUUUAAUUACAUUAAAAAAUGUUAUACCUUUUCUUUCCCCUCUUCUUUAAAUACCCACUUCCACAAUUGACAUCCUUCUUCCAGAAGAAACCUAACAAUUUGGACCAUUUGGCUGUGCUGCUAGCAAGAAUUUUUUAUGCACGUAGAUAUUUCUUUCUUAAAUAGAAGUAUUAAAUCUUCUUAUACACGAAUAAGUACAAAUAGAUGUGUGUGGUUAGCUCCUCAUCUUUCUUCUUCUUUAGAAGUAUUCCUUGUGAAAUUCAAACCGUGUUGAUGUCUUGUAAGUCAGUUCUUGUGACAGCUUUUUCAGCUCCUUUGCUAAGUUAGGCGCUCCACAGUAGAAAACACCUGCACAUUUAUGAGUUCACUGUAUAUUAUGACAAAACUCUGCUUAGUCAUGUAAAUUAUUUAUAUGUUUGAUCAAUUAUUGUAUAAUUUGGCAUCUAGUAAGUGUGAGCAACAUUGCGGAUAAAAUCAAAAAGCUCAAACCGAAUUACACGCAACAUAGAUAAACCGAACUGACAAUUUUUUACACUGAAGAAAACCGCACUGUUAGGCUCGCUUUCUGGUUAUUCUAUGCAUUUGAGUCCGGUUUGUGCAAAACUACACCACCUAACUAGUGAAAAAAAUAAUUGAACCGCACCGCAACACAUAAAACACAGAACCAAAACACAACCGAAAAUUUGUAUACUAAAAUUGCAGAACCGAGUUGCAUGGUUUGGAUCGGUUUUUGCUCAACCCUAGCAACUUGUGAACUGGAACAACUUGACGUAAAGGCUUGGGUUAGAAGAGUCCAGAUAAAAUAAAAAUCUGGUCAGAAAUCUGUUUUACCUACUGUACAGCAGGGAUGCUUCACUGCUAUUUUGCUGAAAACUUCUCUCCAAUCUGGCCUUGCAAAAUGUGUCCUCACCUGAAAUGGAAAAUGUGACAUUUGUUUUUUAGGUCCUAAAUUCAAAGUCUUUUACUCCAUAACCUUUACAUUCUAUAUCCAAAUGUUAUUGUUAUAUCGUAGGGUCGAAAUCUUACUCGCGUGCCAGAUAGGAUAUCAACUCCAUGCUUAGCAUGGUUUAGAGCCUGUACCAUUGUGAUCAGAGUCGACCUUGCAUCACCCUCUUCAUACACAGUUGUUAGGUAAUUGUGCAUCUCGAUUUGGC